AUGAAUGCGACCUACCAUUGGAUGAAUGCUUACUGGCUUGUGUCAUGGAGAUGGAAACUUGAUCUUAUUGGCCAAACCGGACCUCCUCGGGUAGACUUCUUAGAGAGAACCUUGUUCAAUUUCAUUUCCAUCCACCCAUCAGCUCCAUCCAAACCUCUCGACGUUCUCGACUAUCUCCGUUCCAGUAUCCUCGGACCACCUACUUCUCAGCCACCCAUUCAAUUUUGGGAGACCAAGACCCCCAACAUUGAUAAACCCGAGCCAUUCUUGUCUGCUGAUGUCUUGCACCAUCUUGGUUUCGACUUCAAGUCUUUGCCUACACGGGUUGGAUGCAGAGGCAUUCAAUGUGAGUAUAUCUGGGGUGGAAAGGUUGCUGUUCAUCUUCCUUUCUUGGAGAUCGUUAGUCUUGCAAGCUUAAAUGUGUUAAUUAAGUCUCUUGCAGACUACGAGAGGGUUCCAGGUUCUGUCCACCAGCCUGAAUGUACCUUCUAUUUCAGGGUCAUGAGCCAACUCGUGCACUCAUCAGACGAUGUCAAGAUUCUUAAAUCUUAUCGAAUUCUUGGAGGUGUGGAUCUUGACUCUUUACCAGAUAUCUUACAACCAUGCUAUUCCUAUGCCCCUGAGUAUGAUGAUGCACUGUGUGUCAUGCGCGAAAUAGACAACUUCAAACCACUUUUAAGCUCUUUCCACAAAGCCAAGAGAUCGAAGGAUUGUACCCCGUCCCUUAGUGCUUCAAUUCUUGGCGUUUUGGGCGGAUUCACGUCCUUGGGAUUGGCUUCUACUGUUUAUGGAAAGUUAUACUCUUGA